AUGUUAAUCGCAAAAAGGCUGCUGGCACCGGGCCAUGCCAGCUGUAAACCACUGCCAGUGCUAACACAGGACGGACCGAAUAGGUUCAUAAAAUUUAAGCUGAGAAGAAUAAGAAGAGAUUAUUGGAAUGUGUUAUGUUUCGCAAACUCAAAUAAACUAAAAACAACAGCAUACGAACUGAUAAGCAACUAUUCACCGAAACAAAUGGAGUUUAUAGAAGAUUAUUCUCCAAAUAAGUCAGAAAAUAAACGAGAAGGUGAUGGAAAUCAAAGUGAUUUGAAUAAAGAAUUGAAUAGAGAAUUCAAAAAUGAAGAAGAAGGGGGAAUUGAGGAGCAGAAUAAGGGAUUACUCAGUAAAUCUAGGGGUUUUUGGAUAGUAUACAGUAAAAGAUUCAAAGAUUCCAUACAUAUUCUGAGUGUGUUAGACAUCGCAACAAUAUUGAAAUCGUUUCACAUAUAUAAUAAGGAUACAGGAGAGUAUGUGGUCGCAGUGCUAGAAUUGCAAAAAAGAGUGACUGAAAUGGGCAGAGACGCGUUUAUGGAUUGUUUGUGGGUGUUGUCGAGAAGGUUAAAGUUAAAUACUCAGAAAAAUUUUUUCAAAAAAAUGGCACAGCACGUUCCAAACAUAUUGUAUUCACUUGAUGCUCUCGACAUCAUAAAGGUGUUAUGGAACCUAUAUAACGCAGGAUACACAGACGUAAAUAUAUGUAGAAAGGUAUAUAUGAAGUUUAUGGACCACAUGGAAGAAUUGAACGAAAAAGGUAGGAGGCAUAUACACUAUUGUGACUUGAGUGCUGCCUGUUUGGCAUUCGGAAGAUUCGGAUACAGAAACAUGGAUUUGUACUCGAAAAUAGAGCCAAAAAUAACAAAAAUGUGCAACGCAGAAGUACUUUUUCAAGCCUCUUGGGGAUUUCACCUAGCUGCAAUUGAUGUAACAAAGUUGGUGACAGAAAGGACGGAAACACUGGUAGAUUCACUGGGCAAGAUCCCAAGGUGGAAGGUACAGGUAUGGAAAACAAUUUUAAGUGGCACCAGCUGUGAUAUUGAGUUAAAACAGACAGUGGAUGAGGGUGGGGUCUGGAAACAAAGGCAAAAUUUAAACUUGUUAGACGGAGAUUUAUCAUAG